AUGUCAAUCAAGAAUUUGGAAAGCCAAGUUAGUCAAUUGGCUACUACUCUUGGAAGAUUAGAGGCGCAUGGGUCCAGAAAGCUUCCUUCCCAACCUUUGGUUAACCCUAGGGAGAAUGCUAGUGCCAUUACUUUGAGAAGUGGUAGACAACUUGAGAAGACUCACAAGAAGCCAAUUGAUGAGAAAGAAGUUGGAGAUGAGUUGAUUCAAGGUAGAACAAAACAGCCCAAAAGUGUAGAAAGUUCGCCAACCGAUUCUUCCAAUGCAAAACAUCCACCUAAGGUACAAUCUAAAGUUCCUAUUAAUACUUACGAACCUCCUUUGCCUUUUCCUAGCAGGUUUGCCACAUCAAAGAAGGAGGAACAUGAACAAGAAAUUUUGGACACUUUUAGAAAAGUACAUGUCAACAUUCCUUUGUUGGAUGUAAUAAACCAAGUGCCACGUUAUGCAAAAUUUCUAAAAGAACUGUGCACCAACAAGAGAAAGCUUAAGGGAAACGAGGUGGUGAGCGUGGGAGAAAAUGUCUCAGUGGUUUUACAAAGGAAGCUUCCAACAAAGUGCAAAGAUCCGGGUAGUUUCACCAUACCAUGCGUCAUAGGCAACACAAGGUUUGAGAAAGCAAUGUUAGACUUAGGUGCUUCUAUUAAUGUCAUGCCUUACUCAAUUUAUCUUGAUUUAAAUCUUGGUACUCUUAAAGAGAUCAACGUAGUUAUUCAACUCGCUGAUCGAUCUAAGGUCUAUCCAAAGGCAGUUGUGAAAGAUGUUUUGGUGCAGGUAAACGAGCUUGUUUUUCCAGUGGAUUUCUUCAUGCUUGACAUGAAAGAUGAAACAACUGUGAAAACCACGCCAUUGCUUUUGGGGAGACUAUUCAUGAAAACAGCCUAUACGAAAAUAGAUGUGCAUAAUAGGAAGUUGACAAUGGAGUUUGAUGGGGAAGUCAUUCAAUUUAACAUCUUUGAUGCAAUGAGGUAUCCUAAUGAUGACAUGAUUGCUUUCCAUUGA